UGGAUAUAUGGCCAUAGCCGCCGAUCCAAAGGUGGUUUCAGAGAAACCACGAAUAGAAGAAGAAGAAGAAGAAGAACACAUCAACAGCUUUCCAUUUUUCUUGUGAAUUCCGUAAAAUAUUUAUAAUAAUUGAACUACGAUUACGAUACAUCAUGAUGUUAGCCGCCGUCAACGCUCCUGUUUUGCCCGGAUUCCGGGUGCAGGAAGCGAUCGAGCUAGCAAAAGCGAACAAGAACGUGAUUCUAGGACCCGGACUACGACAGGACCGUGACGAUUUGGUACUGGUCUGUAAAAGUGGUGUUCUUCGAAAGAAAGCUCCUAAUACAUUCUGGGUCGAUUGUCAUCAGAAACGAUACGUUCCUAAUCGAGCUGAAAUCGUAAUCGGAAUAGUCACACAGAAGGCCGGGGACAUAUUUCGGGUAGACAUUGGAGCCAGCGAACCGGCGUCUUUGUCCUAUAUGGCUUUCGAAGGAGCCACCAAGAAGAAUCGACCGGACGUCAGUGUAGGAGAUGCAAUCUGUGCCCGACUUCUAAUCGCCAACCGAGAUUUGGAACCGGAACUAAUUUGCGUGGACUCACAUGGAAAAAAGGGAAAACUGGGAGUGCUGCAAGAAGGUUUCGUUUUUAACUGUAGCAUCAAUUUGGUGCGAAAAAUUUUGAAUCCCAAGUGUACAUUUUUGGAUCUGUUAGCCAAAGAAAUGGCCUUCGAGAUGGCGGCAGGAAUGAAUGGCCGCAUUUGGAUAAAAGGGAAAACGGUUAAGCAAACUAUAGCCAUUGGGAAUGCAAUCCUGGCAGUUGAGUACAAGGAUGACAGCGAAUUGAAACAACUUUGCGACGAUAUAGGAAGUUACGUUGCGGGAUUCUCUUAACAAAAGAAAUUUAAUAAAGGACUAACAAACUA